GUACAACUUUAACCAAUCGCUGGAAAGAUUAACCAACCAUAAAUCCUCAAUCAAGCGGAUGAAGUACGGCAGUGGCAGAGUUGGUUAACUCGGGAAAACAUGCAAAUCAGAUUGCUUUUAGUUGCUCUGCUGAUCGGCCUUCAGGGAGAAACGAUCUUCUGCCUGGAUCUGGGUCAUGGAAUCGAUGGGAGAAUUUCUGGCGGUGAGCUGGCCAUAGUUAAUCAGUUUCCCUACCAAGUGGGUCUGAGUAUCGAGGAAUCCAAUGAUCUGUUUAGCUGGUGUGGGGCCAGCUUGAUCUCCGAACAGUAUCUUCUGACGGCAGCCCAUUGUGUGGACAAAGCUGUUUCUAUCACUUACUACCUGGGUGGAGUCCAGCGUCUGGCUCCCCGCCAGCUCAUCCGAUCAGCACAGCCUAAAGUGAUUUUGCAUCCUGACUGGAACUCUGACUCCCUAGAGAAUGACAUUGCUGUGCUGCGCCUACCCGAGUUGGCUCUCUUGGGGGACUCCAUAAAACCCAUAAGAUUGCCAGGAAUCUCAUCUAGAUCUUCCAGUUACGAUUAUGUUCCGGCCACAGCCUCGGGGUGGGGUCGCAUGAAUGAUGAAUCCUCCGCCAUUUCCGAUCACCUACGUUAUGUUGUCCGCUUUGUGGAGUCCAAUGAGGACUGUUGGUAUUCGUAUGCCAACAUCAGAUCCACUAAUAUUUGCAUGGACACCACUGGCGGACGCUCCACCUGCACGGGCGACUCCGGCGGACCUUUGGUUUACCAGGAUCCCGCCUUGAACUCCGAAGUGCUAAUUGGCAUCACGUCGUAUGGAAAGAAGUCUGGCUGCACCAAAGGCUACUCCUCGGUCUUUACACGGGUCACCUCCUACCUGGACUGGAUUGAAGAGGUGACGGGAGUUGUUUAUCCCUAGAGUUUGGUUUUCUCGAUGAGGACUACACUAAUAGUAGUGC